GCCACGCGCCGCUUCCAGCGGGGUAAGAGGGGCGGCGGCUGCGUUUCUCAGCGUCGUCAAACCCGGCUUCUCCAGGCUCGAAUUCAGCCUCCAGCUGCAGCCGCCCGGAAAGCCCACGCCCAGCAGAGCGGCUGCUCCUGGACACAGUUCUGAGGGUGGUGGGUUUGCUCAGGGCGCCAAAGGCGUCGGGACGGAGCCAGCCUGCCGGGAGGGGACUGAAGAGGUGGCCCGAGCACCCCGCAGGACGCGGGCAGCCGUCGGGGCUUGUGAGGCAGGGGCGCUGAGCUGGACUCCUAGACUCCGAGGCUCCUGAUAGGUGACCGAAGCCUUAGCACCAGCAUCCCUUGGGGAGAUUUCUUCCGUGCGGACUUCUGAUUCUGUUUCUCAAGAUUAUCCUCUUCCUCCCAGAUAGGCCGCUCGAGCUGCAGGUGCCAGCCCCGAGCGCCGAGCUCCCGCGGUCUCUGUGGACUGCACUUGAAGGGCUGGGAUCGGAGCUGCCUUCUGUCCCCGUGGCCCCCAUGCUCCUGCCGUGGUUAACGGGGCUAGCGGCUGGAAUAGUCUUCCUGCAUUUCUUGCAGAAGCUCGUGUUCCCUUAUUUCUGGGACGACGUCUGGUACCUGCUGAAUGUGAUACGCUGUGCAAUUUGGCUGAAGAUGCGUGUGCUGAAAGGGGAGGUGUUCACUGUCCUGGAAAAAUUCCUCAGUCUUGCCGAGAAGCAGCCCCAGAAACCUUUCAUCAUCUAUGAGGGAGACAUCUACACCUAUCAGGAUGUGGACAGAAGGAGUAGCAGAGUGGCUCACGUCCUCCUGAACCAUUCCUCGCUCAAGAGGGGGGACCCCGUGGCUCUGCUGAUGAGCAACGAGCCAGACUUCGUCCACGUGUGGUUGGGCCUGGCCAAGCUGGGCUGCGUGGUGGCCUUCCUCAACUCCAACCUUCGCUCCAACUCCCUUCUGCACUGCAUCCGCAGCUGUGAGCCCAGGGCCCUCGUGGUGGGUGCAGACUUACUUGGAACGGUAGAAGAAAUCUUUCCGCAUCUCCCCGAAGGUAUCAGCGUUUGGGCAAUGAGCGAUUCUGUUCCACAAGGCGUGAUUUCACUCACAGAAAAGCUGAGCUCGGCGUCGGACAAGCCUGUGCCACGCACCCACCAUGUCGUGUCAAGCCUCAAGUCUGCUCAUCUCUAUAUCUUUACCUCUGGAAGCACAGGGCUACCCAAACCAGCCGUGAUCACUCAGCUGCAGGCUUUAAAUGGUUCUGCUGGCUUGUGGGCUUACGGUUGUACCGCUAAUGACAUCAUUUAUAUAACUCUUCCUCUGUAUCAUAGUUCCGGAGCUCUUCUGGGAAUUGGCGGAUGCAUUGAGUUAGGAGCUACCUGUGUGUUAAAGAAGAAAUUCUCAGCAAGUCAGUUUUGGAAUGACUGUAGAAAGUACAAUGUGACUGUGUUUCAGUAUAUUGGAGAACUUUGUCACUAUCUUUGCAAACAACCGAAGAGAGAAGGAGACAAGGAUCAUCAGGUGCGUUUGGCCGUUGGAAAUGGCCUACGGAGUGACGUGUGGAGGGAGUUUUUAGACCGAUUCGGAAAUAUUAAGAUCUGUGAGCUUUAUGGAGCUACUGAAGGAAACAUUUCUUUUGUAAAUAACACCGGGAAAAUCGGAUCCGUUGGGAGAACAAAUUUCUUUCACAAACUUUUACUCACUUUCGAGUUGAUAAAGUAUGAUUUUCAGAAAGAUGAACCUGUUAGAAAUGAACAGGGCUGGUGUACUCCUGUGAAAAAAGGAGAACCUGGACUUCUCAUUUCUCGAGUGAAUGAGAAGAAGCCCUUCUUUGGUUACGCGGGGAAUAAGAAGCACACAGAAAGGAAACUGCUUUAUGAUGUUUUUAAGAAGGGAGAUGUUUACUUCAACACAGGAGACUUAAUAUUCCAAGAUCAGGAGAAUUUCCUUUAUUUUUGGGACCGGAUUGGAGACACUUUCAGGUGGAAAGGAGAAAAUGUUGCAACCACAGAGGUGGCUGAUGUUAUUGGAAUGUUGGAUUUCAUACAGGAAACAAAUGUCUAUGGGGUGCCGGUGCAAGAUUAUGAAGGGAAAGCAGGAAUGGCUUCUAUUAUUUUAAAGCCAAAUAGGUCGUUAGACUUGGAGAAAGUUUAUGAACAAGUUGUGUCUUUUCUACCAGCUUAUGCCUGCCCAAGAUUUUUAAGAAUUCAGGAGAAGAUGGAAAUAACAGGGACUUUCAAACUACAGAAGUUUCGUUUGGUAGAAGAAGGAUUUAAUCCACUGAAAAUUUCUGACCCACUUUAUUUCAUGGAUAACUUGAAAAAAUCUUAUGUUCCCUUGACUAAAGAACUUUAUGAUCACAUCAUGUUAGGGGAAGUCAAACUUUAAGAUUUUUUUACUUAUUGCUUCUUAGGCCAGGAGAGAGAAGAGUGUGUGAUUCUUUAACAUGAAAUGAGGAAGAGAAUGGACAUUAAUUAACAUAUGCUGGAUUUUCUUAAUAUGCAACAGCUGUUCUUUCAGUAGGAACUUUAAUUCAAAGCAACCUUUAGUUGAUUAUUUGUUUUACCUAUUUUAGGGUUCAGUGCAUAACUAAUAUUUGCAUUAAUUGUAAAGAUUGUAAAUGAUAAAUGGUUAACAAUUUAGACACUAAAAAUGCACUUUGAAAUAUUUAAAGUUUCUAGCUUUGAAAAAUUGAUUUUUACUCACAUUAUUGAUUUUUAUGUGCUCUGUCCUAUAACUCAGUAAAAUCAUUUUCAUUAAUAUGUGUUUUGAGGGUUUUUUUUUCCCUGAUGUUUUUAAUUGUAAACUUCCAGAAGAGGAAGCUGACUGGCCACAUAUAUGCACUCCUCUCAACCUUAUCUUGAACUCACAUUCAGAUGAUAAAACAUAGAAGUAUGAGACAGCAAACAAGAAAACUGGGAAGCUUGAAACAUUUAGGAACUUUUUGAAAAUACAUGAAUGGGAUCAACUUGCUAAAAUCCAACAGAGAUCUAGAAACCACUAACGAUACAGAGAAACAGUGGACUAGAAUCGAAUGUAGGUAUUAACCCCAAGAUCGGAGGCAGAAAAGGCUUUGCAUGUGAGCAGUCUUGUGAGUUGUUAACUGAGAAAUGUAUGGCAGGCAGUAUAAUACAUGACCUUGGACUUCUUUCCAUCUGGAAGCACCAGGCUCCAAGGUUUGCUUCAAGCUAGAACCGCGUGAAUGACUCUCAGCAAAGUGAGCUUUCUCCCACAGGAGGGGCUCGUGGACCUGGCCUGGGACAAGGAGCAGAGCGCGGCAGGAAGCUUCCUGCACAACCAGAAGGAAAACUGGCUUUUCCUCAGGUUGCCUCUCCUGCUAAAAGGCUUAUUUUGGUUGGAAGAGAAUUUUCAGAUCCUGUAGUUCCUUUUCGUCAUUGUUUGGGGGAAAAAAUGGUUAUGAAGUUGAAAUCUGUUUUAAAUGUAAAGGUUAACCGUAAGUAACAUAGAAAUAAGAGGUCAAACUUUAGAAUAAGAAGAGAUAAUAUAAUCAAUUUUGCAAAGCUCAAGAGAAAAAAAUUGUUAAAGUAGUAAAUAAGUGUAUUCUCCUACUGUCUAAGUAAGAAUGGAUAAAUGAUAAAAGUUCUUUGUUAAAAAAACUAUUAAAUGAAUGAAUAAAUCAGCAUGUAAUUAUUA